AGAGAAAUCCUGUUACUGACAGCUGCGAAAGGAACUUGUACGCGUUUAUCAUCGGCCCCCUUUUUUUCCUCCCUGUGUGUGCAGAGAUAUAUCUGUAUCAAACAGGAACAUACUGGGUUGGAGUAAGUGUACAGGGGUACACAGAGGGGAACACGGCAGAGAGAGGAAUUUCAACUGAUUCCCAGCUCCUCGUUGUAUCGCAGCCCGAAGUGGGCGGGAGGGGGGAAGAGUGGGAACAUAGACGGCUGUGUCUCCAGCAUGUCAUCUGGAAGGAUUUGUUUUGUAGAAAGGAUGGGGGAAAUGACAGCGGAGUGACAGAUCUCAAAUGGGAACAGGAUUUGAACAUGGGUCUCUGCAAUAACAGUCCAGUCAUAGGCUGUCACCUCCCGGAGAGGGGCUACUGCUGGGGAGGAUUGUCAGCAAGAGAAAAUGGUGGAUGUUGGUCUGAAACACUUGUUGUUUGGCUUAUGCCCCAGGGAGCCCAAAUACUGCGGACAUUGUGACAAUUCAUCGCCAUGGCAAUGAUUCAGGCAAUGCCCAUAGCUUCUGAGCAUCAGAAUCCUGAGAGUGAGCACAAACUGCAAACAUCUGCAGCAUCGCCGAUCUUGCAGAGCACCAUGGGAAGUGUUGGCAGUCUCGUAUCAGGGCGCAACUAUCAUGACAAGCACUGCAAGGCUACAGAGUACAAUAGCAAAUGUCGCAAGACCGGCCAAAUGCCGAACAUUUUCAGGCAACAGGAUGGGCACCUCAAAAAUGGCUACUCUCAGGACUGUAUUGGUGGAGUAGCUUCCAAGAGGCAAUGUUCAGCAGUUGGAAAAAGUGGGACUUAUGCUUACUUAACCGAAGACCAUCGCAAUGGAGUCUGGAGCAUGACAGAAUCGCCCAGCAGCCCUUGCAGCAAUCCUGAAGAUUUCCACGAAGCCAGGUCGACCAAUGGAAAUAUCCAAGGGCCCCCUCCAAAAAUAAUUCCAGUCUCAGGCAAACUCGAGAAGAACAUCGAGAAGAACUUGAUCAGACCAACAGCGUUCAAGCCGGUGCUGACCAAGAACAGGAGCUCGGUGCAGUACCUUGUCCCUCGUCUGGCUAACGGGGGGCUGUCCGACAGUCAGGGCAGUCUCAACAUCUUGUUCAACGGGGGCUCAGUGAGCUCGGUGAACUCUGUGGAAAAGCCCAGCUCCUUGCAGGCGUACAACUGCAGGAGCAGCGUGCACUCGGGAACGAUGUCGGACUCUGGGAGGAACUCCCUGUCCAGCCUCCCGACGUACAGCACAGGCUGUGGGCCACACCUCGAGGGGGGAGCCAUAGAGGCUGGAGGGCAGCAGCAGCAGCAGCACGUGUUCCAUGAGAGGGGCAUGCCGGGGGGACUGUCGAACUCCGACAGCGGCCGCUCCUCGUCCAGCAAGAGCACAGCGUCGCUGACCAGCCGCGGGCCCCUACUGUCUGAUGGCGGCUCCUGCGACCGCUCGCCGGUCUCCGCCCACGAGCUGCUGGUCCGUGAGCUGGAGGACAAGCUGAGGGAACGCGACGCCGAGCUGCAGCAGCUGCGCCUGGGCCUGGACGAGAGCGAGUCUGCCCUGUGCCGGCUCUAUGAGGCGAAGCGGUGCCGCUGUGAGCAGGAGAUGGAGGAGCUGAGGCAGAGCUGCACCAACAAGCUCAAGCAGAAUGCCCAGAAGGCCCAGAGGGUGCAGCAGGUCCUGCAGCUGCAGCUCUUCCAACUCCAGCAGGAGAAGAAGAAACUUCAGGAGGACUUUGCCCAAUUGCUGCAGGAACGCGAACUCCUGGAGAAGAAGUAUGCGACUAUCGAAAAAGAGCAAACCGAGCUCGGGCCCAGACUGGAGGAAACCAAAUGGGAGGUUUGCCAGAAGUCUGGAGAGAUUUCUCUGCUGAAGCAGCAGUUGAAGGACUCACAAGCUGAGGUCUCUCUGAAAGGCAAUGAAAUCGUCUCCUUGAAGGCUCAACUCCGAGAGAUACGAGCUGAACUCCAAGAUCACGAGGAUGAGAUUCACGAGUUCCGGGAUUCUGUCCACACAAAGACCCUGGAGCUGGAGGUCUGUGAGAAUGAGCUGCAGCGGAAGAAGAACGAGGCCGAGUUUCUGAGGGAGAAGGUGGGAAAGCUGGAGGAGGAGACAGUGGGCCUGAGAGAAGCCCUGGGCCACACCAGACACAUGAACCAGGAGCAAGAAGACCCUGCCCUGGUGUACGAGAGUGACGAAGCCAAAGUGCAGCGGCAAAACACGGACAGCCAUCAGACCCUGAGGCAGCAGGUGGAGAAACUGAGGGCUGAGCUCAUGUACGAACGCAAGAGGUGCGAGAACCAGCUGGAGAACUUCGAGGUGGAGCGGCGCACCUGGCAAGGCGAGAAAGAGAAAGUGAUUCGGUACCAGAAGCAACUGCAACACAACUAUAUUCAAAUGUACAGGAGGAAUCGAGAGUUGGAAAGAGAGAUGAGGCAACUCACUUUGGAACUGGAGUCCAGGGAAAUAGGUGGGAUUGAAGUGCAAAACAAAGAGAUUCGAUUUGAGGAAAUCACUGCGACAGAAAUCUAACUUAAAGAGACUUUAGUGACAAACAAAAGCACCCAUGCCAAAUCUUGUGUUGGAUAAAUUUAAUACCGACAGAAUGGACAAUCAUUUUAAGUCUUUAACCUGUUCAAGUUUAUUCAGAUGUUCACAAUAAAAGGACAUUUAACGGCUUUGGAUAACCUGAUACAUUCUCCCUGCAGGUGCGUUUGGGCACCUCAAUCUUUUCCUUUCCUGGAGGUAGCUUAUUGUCUUCCUUUUUCUAUUACAUGCUGUCCUAUGUCAUGCCAUAUGAGCUGAGGGAGGAAAUAAAAUGAAAUAAAGCAGUCAGUA